AUGGCCACAUCUUUCCAACCCAACGUGCAUUACACCUUUGGCUCGCCUCUCUCCCCAAAUUCGCUGUUUGGUCCCCGACGUGUGUCAAGCAUUCUCGAGCACCGUAAUGGGUCCAACGGGGCAAUCCAGUCUCCGCCCUCCCGAAGAGGCUCGAGGAAGUUUAGCUCUGGGGAGGCGUCGAACCUUGCAGAGGUUGUGAACUUUUUGACCCGCCAAACCACCGAUGAAAUGGAUGCUGUUCUCUCAACCGAGCUCAUGAAUGCCACGUACCCCGUCCUCUUGGAAUGGAUUCGCUCCGAGAGAAUGAGCAAACUCCCCCCUGAAGGGAGUAGCUACGAUCGGGUCUUGGUAUGGGCAUCCUUGUUUGUGGAACGGCUGCAUUCCUUUGAAUUGGCCAUCGAAGAGUUUGCAGGGGACAGCCCAAUGGCUGCACAGCUUGCUUAUGGACACUGUGCGGUUUUGUUGGAGCUUGGGGAGGAAAAUGCUUCAGCUCUAAUGCUCCUGUUUGGAUUCUUCUGCAGCUGUUCAAUGGGCUUGGUGAACUUAAUGGACCGCGUGGAGUUGUUCUCCGUUUCUCAGGACAUCAAGGACCAGCUCGUGCUUGCGUUAGCCGACUUAAUCACAUUGGUAGUGUCCGUUGCGACGCAUUUCCACAGGUCGAUGAGGGGUCUGACCUCGGAGUCUUUGUCUAUUGAUAUUUAUGGCACCUUCCCGGGCCCGAUUGAAAACUUUCGUAGCCGUUGCCAGCACGCGUCGGAACUGAUGUGGAGGCAUCAGCUUACUCGCGAAGGUCUCGGGGAUCAAGUAUCAGACGUCAAAUUCAUCAAGCUUUGGCUUGAACCGGAGGAUCCGGUGCUCGCCAAUAUGGUGGAAACCACGACACAUCUUGCCCAAGAACGGGAGGAACUGACCUGCCUGUGGUUGAAGCCGUACUUAACUCGAUUCAUGAAGGGCAAUCAGAAGACCCUUGCGAUUAGUGGCAAAUCGGGAUCUGGCAGGACCAUUCUUUCCUCCGUCAUUGCUGAUAGUUUGCAGUAUCCCAUCGGAGGGGUCAGAUACACACCACUCUAUGUGCCAAUCAAUGGGCGGAUUUCAGGCAGAACCUCAUCCCGUGCCAUUGUCGAAACAAUCCUUUUUCAGAUUUUCGACAAGCGUAUUGGAAACGUGCGCCUAUAUCAGAUCCUUGUGGAAGCGCAAGAACGUUGCGAGAAGACGACGGAUGAAGGGACAUAUGACAAUAUUCUCUGGACGGCUCUAAACCAUGCCCUUGAACCCGGUCUGAAAGGUGCCAAAGAUUUGGUGCUAAUUGUCGACGGCUUGGACGAAGCGUCCUGUGGGGAAGACGUCUUGUCUCAACAUCUCACCGAAGCUACUGCAAACAAUGUCAAACUAAUUACGCUUGGCUCCCAGCAGCACCCUACAACUUCCGAGCAAAUUGGACUGCGCAUGACGUCAGACCUUGUGUUUGACGAUGUUGCUGCAGUAGUCCGGAGUGUUCUCCAACAUAGCCGAGCCUUUGCUGAAAUGUCGGAGACCAAAAGAGAGAUUAAUGUGAAUCGGAUCACUCAAGCCGCCGAUGGCUCAUUCUUGUGGGCAAAGCUCGCUGCCAAGAGGGUCGUCGCAGAGAUUCCUCACAAUGCACAGGCAUUUUCGAAGGCCGUCGACAGCUUUGCUAAGCCAGGACAGACCAUCACCGACCUUGUGUCCCACAGUCUGUUGUCGAAAUCGUUGGGCGAAGAUGGAAAGAAUGUUCUGAAUUGGCUCGCCACUGCUGCUCGACCACUAUCCCAGCAGGAGCUCUCGGCUCUUUUGGCCGUCCAAAUCGACAAGGGAAUUAUCAAAGAGCAGGGCACUGAUCUUUCUAAAAUUCUCAACCCGGUCAACUCUUUGGUGUUCUUCCAGAAUGAUCUCGUUUAUCUCCGACAUGCCCAAAUUAAAUCGGCUGUUCUUGAGGUUCUGUCUCAUGGCAAGCCUUCACAGGGUGUCAAAGACCGCAAUCUUGACUUGGCACAAAGGUUAUUGGUUUAUAUCAAGAACCAGGUAACCAAGGAUCAAGAACCCUCUUUAACCCAUCUAGAUUCCCAUUUCACUCGAAGUUUACUAGAAAAGAACUCCUUGCUUGAUUUUGCCCUGCGCUACUGGGUAGAUCACACAAAGAAUGCGUUUGCUUGCACAACGCAGAACGAAAUCACCACUGCUGCAAAGGAGCUUCGUAAUGUUAUCCCCACAUGUACAGCUGUACCUCUAUUGGAGAUGACUGUUUGGGAUUCGAAAUCAACACCGGUUCUUAUGUCCCUGCAUGAUGUCCAAACUCGCCUCUAUCAGCAGAUUCUGACACCCAACCACCCGACGACUUUGCAAGCAAUUCUAUGCCAGGCCCUCUUUUACCGGGAAAUACAUGAAGCUGCGCCGUCUAAAACCAGCUGGCUGUUCUACUACGCCACAAAAAUCAGCCAAGAUGUUCUGUCGGUCGGCCAUCUUGUUACAAUGCACAUGGCGAAGAACUUCCUGGACAUUACUGCCGGGCAGGUGACGGACUCCAAAACGGAGAUCAUGGUCAAACGGGUGGAGAUCUUCCAAGUCUUGGUGGAGUGCUACAAGAUCCACUACGGGUCCACCAGUGAAAUCACCGUGACCACAAUGAACCAGCUUGCAGAGCAUUACCGGUACAUCAAAGAAGAGCGCAAGUCCCAGGAGAUCACAAGGUCGAUCAAAAGCGCUACCACUGUAGCUGAUUCCCACUGGGGCGGCAGCCGGCAGUCUGACGACUCUCUGCGUGUGCACCUGCAUGGUCGAAAUACCAAGCACACAGCCACAGGUGUAACACUUGACUUGGAUGAGAGGGAAGAGGACGAGCUGAUCGAGACGGCCGUGCAGUACAGCCUAGAAUCUCGUAUUUCCCAUGCGGAGAGACAGGUUUCAGAUGGCAAUGUUCAAGCCGCAGAGCGGACAUACGUCGAAGCAUGGCAGCAGACUAGUACCCAGUACCGACUGAAUCGCUCUGGUAGAAACAAUGAAGUUGCCUCAGUUCUCGGAGGGUUCUGGCAGGAGUAUGACCGAACAACAUCGGGCUCGGAGGCUGUUGUCUCGCAGUUUGUUGAGAUUGCAAAUAUCAUGAAGUCUGUCGGUCUAUCAGUGUUGGCUCUCGAUGUCUAUAAGAAGUGCGCGAAUUUCUAUCAGAGUUCCGGAAACCAUCAGAAUGCCACCUACAAGAACAUUCAACAGAAUGUUCAGUCCACUUCAAAGGAAGUGAUGCAACUGGCAAGCUCGAGCAAGUCAAACAUCUCGGAGAAAACCCUCAAAGAGAUUGUGUACAGCGACUCAUUUGACCAGUCAUCUGUAUCGGCAGCCAACACCCUUGUGGAGACCUAUAUUUCUCAACAUAGGUGGCAGGAUGCUACGAAGACCUUGAAGAAAGUGCUACAGGGCGUCUGGCCGGUACUAUUUGCUUCUUCUAUGCAGGACGUUGUACUUCCGGCCACCCAGGCCGACCACUGCGUAUCGCUGGCAGAGCGCUUAGGUGAUUGCUAUCGAUCUAGACGCCGACCAGUAAAGGAAGAAGACAUCCGACUUCGGCUUUACCGUGCCGUGCGACGCGACCGUCCAGCGGGCGAUAGAAUGCUUGAGCGAACGACGACUUCCUUGCUCCGCGUGUAUGAGCGCACUUCACAGACGAAAAAGCAAGUCGAGCUACAUGAAGAGAUUCUUGAGGAUUUUACCAAACGCUACGGUGGCGAACAUCCGACGGUCAUCAAGAAGCUCUGGACUUUGGCGGAGCUCAGCCCCAGUCCAGUUUCUGUAGAUUAUUAUCGACGCAUUGUGCAAGCGCUCAACAAGGACUCAGACACUUGCCAUCCGGACGCUUUCGAACCGCUCCUUCUUGUAUCCAACGAGCUGUGGAACCAUGCACGAUAUUCAGAGGCAAUACCGCACUUCAAGGUGAUGUUCCAUGCCUUGCAUAAUUCAAAGAUUAGCCCGAAGCUUCAGGAUCAAGUCUUUGUGAGAACCAUGUUCAGUCGCUAUAUCCAGUGUCUUCGUGCAACACACGCCGAUUCCAGCGUCCUUCAUGAUGUCACCUCACAGUAUCAACAUGCCUGCAAGUCCCUGUUUGGCUCGUCAGCCUCCAUCACUGUUCAGGCUACUAUGACGUUGGCUACCAUUUGCCAAGAGUCCAAGCGAUACGAGACUGAGGCUGUUCGUCUCUAUGAGGAACUUCUCCAAGUCAAGUCUGACGAGGUGGACCGCCAUGACGUUCGAGCGACGCUGGAAGCUAUUUAUGAGGAACAAGCAGCUGCUGUAGCUACAAAGCCCGAGAGUGUCAGCUCUGAGCAGAUGGCUCGAACGGUCCGCAUCCGAAACAGACGUCUGUCUUCGGUCCGUUCGAACUACGGAUGGGCCCAUGAAGAAUCACUCGCUGAAAUGCAGGACUUGGUUUCACUAUAUUCGAAGAGAGGGCAAUCUCAAGCAGUUCUUUCCUUGCUGAGGGAGGGUACCGUCCAGACACUGUCCACUGAGAAAUCGUCAACAAGAUUGACUGACGCGGCAAAGAGUAUUGCAUCCAGCUACAUUGCGGCCGGACAAGUUCGGUCGGCUCGGGAACUCACCCAGGAGCUCUAUCAACAGAUAAUUGCCAAGGACACAAGCAAUACAAAGUCUGUCAGCUUCAACUUGUCGUCUAAGCAACGCGAGAGCCUAGUUUUCCUUGCUCAAAUGGAAUACAGUCUGCGUGACGAUUCUUCGGUCACGUUUAAUGAGAUAUUCUCGUCGCUGGCAACAGAAUAUCUCUAUUUCGAACAAUUCCGCAGUGAACUAUCUUCCAAGUCCAGCAGUGUGCAAAGCGUGCUCACCUGUGCAUCUCGUCUCCAUGGAUUCCUUCUGUCCCGAGGCCGUCGGUGGAGCGCAACCCAAGUUGUUGACCAGUGCACAUCGUACUUCCUGUCCACUGAGGCCAUCAACUAUGCCACUCCUCAGCAAGCGAAUGCGUUCGUAACAGCCAUUCUGACCCAUUUCACCAAGCAUUGGUCAUACGAUUUCAUCCGCUCAGUCGCUAUCGCCAGCUGUGACCAAGUCACUGAGCUUCUCGCGAAACAGGAAUACCAGUCAGCCUGUGAUCAAGCCCUCACUGCAUUCCACUACAUCAAAUCUGAGAACGGUUUUGCCUCCCUGACGAUGAUCAGACUCGGGUUCAGGCUCGGUCUCGCCAUCUCCGGCCGCGACAUCUCAUCGUCUAUCGACAACCAAACUUCCCAAACCAUGCUGAACACCUCGUCCACAAUCAUGCAUGAAGUCAUGUGUCUCUUCAAGCAGAAGCAGAUAGACCUUACUAAACUCGACCUCACCAACCUGAACAACCUAAUCGGACUCCUCGACGACCUUCACGACUACCAAAAUCUGGCCUGGGUACUCACCUCCCUCUGGAACAACCGCGACACCCACAGCUCCUACCAGCCACAAUACGUGCUCGCCCUGGGCCGCAUGCUCAUCAUCACCCGCUACCUAGUAGGCGACUACUCCGGCGCGAUCCGCCUCUCCGAAGACAUCGUCUACAACUGCGCCCGCGUCCACGGGCCCCGGCACCCCGCGACCAUCGAAAUGACCGUGCUGCUGUCCCAGAUGUACACCAGUGUCGCACAGGGGUACCAGAACCACAAGGAAAGCCGCGAGAUGGCCUUCCGAUACUACAAGAAGGCGGCAUCGCUGCACGAGAACGCGCUACGGGUGUUUGUUGACCCAACCAUCUCCGCGGACAUGGACGAGGGAUUCGAGUCAGGAUUCGUGUCGCCGGGCCGCUCGCCGAGCCCGGGCAGCGACGACGCCGAGGGCAAGUACGUGCGCCAGCACCUGCAUCUGCUGAAGCUUGCGGUGGAGCGGCUAGGCGAGUGGCCGAAGGAGUAUUCGGAGUAUGAACGGUUGAGCUCGGACGUGUUCAAGGCGUACAGGCAGGAUCUGGACGGCGUCGAAGGCGUCGAGAAAUGGAACUUGAAGAAUUUCGGGUCGGGGCGCGCAGAGGCAGCGGACGACCUGAUUAUGGCGAGUAGCUCGGGGGCGAGCAAGGGGGUUCCGUCAUAUGAGGAGCAGCAUGCGAUUGCUGUUUGAUUUGCCUGUGAACAGUUGUUGUUAGUGGGUGAUGUUUUUGCUUGCGUUGGAAAUAUUUUUA